AUGGUUGUCGCUAGGUUCCUACAGGCGAGAUGGCGACAGGCGCUGAAGGGAGCGCUGUUUGUGUCCGGCAGCGCAUCUAUUGCGCUGUUGGGGAAGCAGAGUGUUCGGUGUGAUGCAGGACGCAGUACGGCGGCGUGGAAUGCGAAGAAGGCGCCCCAGACUCCGGAGGAGUCCGCACUGGAUAAGUUGAUCAAAUCGGGGGUCAAAUCAGCGGAGAAGGAGAAGACGGACGAUGCUGAUGCCAGUGGCGAUCCUGAGCCCAAGUCUGCAUGGGAGACAAUGACGGACAAACUCGGGACGGCAGAGGGCUACUUUAGCUCUUCGGACUGGAGUGCGGACUGGUCGGCCGUCUUCAAGGACUACAUCUCGCCUGGCUGGACUUUUUUCUCGCCUGAUAUCCUUCGAAACUUGCAACGUGAGCUCUCAAUGGCUCCCGGAUCUGUGGCAGACGACGUCUGGAAAGAAGCCUGUGACCCCAGCUUUAACCCUAGCAUAGUUGAGGAAGCCAACGUCAGGAUUGGGAAUACACUGUGUCAGGAGGAAGAAGCCUUUCUCGCGGACCGUCGUCAGGUGGUUGCAAGGAAUCUCGCAUCUUAUCUGGGGCUGCCGGAAGGUGAAGUGCAUCCUGAUGACGUGCCUGUGAUUGCCAUGUGUGCGUCUGGAGGAGGGCUGAGAGCUCUCAUUGCUGGGACGGGAUCGUACAUGGCUGCUAAGGAGGCCGGACUCUGGGACUGCUUGACGUAUACUGCUGGCGUGAGUGGCUCAUGCUGGCUGCAAACUCUCUUUAAUUCAUCUAUCGGAGGUCAGGACUUUGGCAAGAUGAUUGACCAUCUGAAGGCAAGGCUUCACACACAUAUUGCCUUCCCUCCUGAAGCACUUGAUAUCUUGACUACUCCGCCUACAAACAAGUACCUCCUACGUGGUGUGAUUGAGAAGCUUAAGGGAGACCCUAAAGCUGACUUUGGUCUCGUUGAUGUUUACGGUAUCUUGCUCGCGGCUAGACUCAUGGUCCCGCAGGAUACCGCUGCUUUGACGGACAGUGACCUGCAGCUUUCCAAUCAACGCGCAGUGGUUAAAGGAGGAGUAAACCCUAUGCCGAUUUACACAGCUGUUCGACACGAAAUACCAAAGCCGUCUCAGACAGAUGUUUCUGAAGACGAGCUUGAAGAAAUAUCCAAACGUGAGAGCUGGUUCCAGUGGUUUGAGUUUACACCUUACGAGCUUUUCUGUGAAGAGUUUGCAGCAGGUAUCCCUACAUGGGCCGUGGGCCGAAACUUCAAGGAUGGGAAGGGUGUUGCCGCAGCUCAUGGCUACGCCGUUCCUGAACUACGGGUUCCCGCUCUCAUGGGAGUUUGGGGAAGUGCUUUUUGUGCCACCCUUGCUCACUACUAUAGGGAGGUCCGACCUGCGUUCUUGGGUCUCGCUGGGUUCAGCAGUAUUGAUGCCCUAAUCGAAGGUAAAAGUGAGGACCUUACUCGUGUCCACCCAAUUAAUCCUGCUACCGUACCAAACUUCGUCUUGGGACUGGAGAGUAAACUGCCUGAUUCUUGCCCCGAGUCUGUCUUCCAGGACUCCCACUUACGACUCAUGGAUGCGGGCAUGAGUAAUAAUCUGCCCAUCUAUCCACUACUUCGACCAGGACGUAAUGUCGAUCUCAUCGUUGCCUUUGAUGUUUCAGCUGACAGCAAAGAAGCUAACUGGCUCUCCGUUGUUGAUGGUUAUGCCCAUCAGCGAGGUAUCAAGGGGUGGCCAAUUGGCGCAGGAUGGCCAAAAUCAAACUCAUCCCCCGAGGAAACAGCAGACAUCAUGGCUGAGGAAGCCAAACUAACAAAGGAAGAGGCAGAUAAGAAAGUUGCUGCUGCGCAAGAAGCAAGCAAAGCACGCACUCCUGACUCCCGUGGAAACGACCCCGACCUGACCUUCUGCAACAUCUGGCUCGGCACUACAGAAGAGAGAAUAUCGUCUGCUGAACCGCCACCAUCCAAGCGCCUGUUCCAUGAAUCGGGAGUAAAUGAGAAGGAUUCCGAAUUCCAUCUCACGCAACCUCACGCUGGUAUUGCAGUUGCUUAUUUCCCCCUUCUGCCGAACCCUGCGUGCCUGGCUCUUCCUGAUCCCAACAAAGACGAACCUGACGCUGAGCGCAAGAUCCUCGAUCCAUUGGAGGAGGAUUAUUUAAGUACUUGGAACUUUAUAUAUACUGCCGAACAGAUUGAUUCCGCCGUUCAUCUUGCCAAAUGCAACUUUUCCGAGGGUGAAGACCAGUUGAAAAGAGUCGUCAGGGGGAUCUACGAGCGGAAGAAGAGGGAGCGGCUUCAGCGUGAGAUGGAUGCGGCCAGAAUAAGCGCGAGCUAUAUGUCAUAG